CAGCGUUGGCAUUACUCGGAGAAACAAUGGAAAUUGCAUCAAAACGAACUCAGAAAGUUGGAGUUUUCCAAGUGCCCGCUGAGAUGGAGAGCAGCUCCUCGCUGGUGAUGUUCAUCCUACUGAUGUGCUCCAUCAACAGCAGCUAUCCGUAUUCAUAUUCAGUGUUCAUGAGGAAAGAUGCAGCGCAUGAGGUGCUGAGGGUCCAUAAACGUGCCAACUAUUUUCUAGAAGAGAUCCGCCCAGGGAACUUGGAGAGAGAAUGCAAUGAGGAGAAGUGCUCGUUUGAGGAGGCAAAGGAGAUCUUCCAUUCGCAGGAGAAAACGAUGGAGUUUUGGUUCAACUACAAAGGUUUAAAUCCAUGCACUACAAAUCCUUGUAAGAAUGGUGGAGUUUGCAAAAUAAGACGCUACAGUUACUUUUGCAUCUGCCCCCCGAAAUUUGGAGGAGACAAUUGUGAGAAAGGUGAGUAGAGGAACACACACAUGGACAUUCAGUGAAGGAUUAAGGCUGGAAUUUGUUCCACUUUUCAUUGGGGUUCCUGAUGCUGACUUCAUGUGCCCAAUACCUACCUGGUUGGUUAAGGUUAACCCAUUAGAAUGGGUUGUGACAGACAGUGCUGCCCUCCUGUGCACACAGCAGCUGCCAUUCUGGACUCUUGCACUGAUCUUCACGAACCCAGCGGAAAGCAUGAGCUCAUCUCCCACUUCCUCUCUUGCUGCCUUGCUUCCUUCUUUUCUUCCCUCCCUCUCUUCCUUCCUCCUUCACUCUCUCCCAUCUUCCCUUCCUCUUUCUGUCCUGCCCUUCAAUCUCUUCAUCUCUUCCCACCUCAGUUAUUCCAUCCCUCCCUUUCCUUUCCCACCUUCUUUCCACGUUUCAAUUCCUUCAUUCCCUCCCUGCCUUCCCAUCCUCCAUUCUUAGCUCUCUC